CCUCUGACAGAGCAUGAAGCCUCAGUUAACCUUCAACACCACAGUUCAGGAGCGACAACCAGGAGAAACUGACUUUAAUUCAAUUAAAGAUACAAAGAGAAGGAAAAGAUGUGCCACAGCAACACUAAAGAACUAUUAAGAAUGAUGUAGGCAUUGAGCACAGUGGUGGACUAAGUAUUCUAUAGUAAACUCAAUUAAAAGUGUUAAUACAUCAAUGCAAAAGUAUUUGAAGUGAAAGUCCUGCUCUCAAUCCUACUUAAGUAAAAGUACAGAAGUAUUAUCAACUAAAUGUACUUUAAGUAUUAAAAGUAAAAGUAAUUGUUAUGCAAAUUGACCCUGUGACUUGUAUAUUAUAUAUAUAGAGAGAGAUAUUUCAUCAUUGUUGUUAAUGAUGCAUCAAUGCUUAAGUAUUAAUAUUAUUAUAUAAGUAGUAUUUUACUGUUCUGUAAAUGCUUUAUAUACACAUAAAUAUACUAUUAGGUAGUUCCAUCCAGUGGUUCCCAACAUAGGGGUCGGGACCCUUUAAAAAGGUCACAGGAUAAAUCUUAAAUUAUUAUGCUUUAUUAAUGGGGUAGAAGAAUAUGAUUUUGAGACAUUUAUUCAAAUUAUAAAUAAAUUAAGUGAAAUGUCUCUUUGGUGGAAGUGCUCAUGGUCACAAGCCACAAAAGGUUUUAGGAACCACUCUGUUAAGCCUCUGAAAUACAAUACAUUCUUACAGAUUAUCAUAUUUAUUCUUAAUGUAAAACCCUAAUCUGUCAGAUAAAUGUAGUGUAGUAAAAGUAUAAAGUAGCAUAGAAUGAUAAUGCAGUAUGUACAGGACUUUAAUAAUGUACUUAAUUACAUUCCUCCACUGCAGGAGCAUCAGGCACAGCGAGUGUCACUGCUUAAAAUGUCCACCAAGUCAUUUAGUUUGUUGUUGAGUUGUAACAAAUGAUUUCCUUUAAAAAAACAAUGUCCUGGUGGGAAAUUGCACUGGGAACAAGUGGGAUUAUUAUCCCCCACAGGGAGUUUUUUUCUUGUUCUAUGAAAAGCUAAAGUUUAAAAAGAUGAAUGAGACCAAACGACACAAGACGCAUCUCAUUCCAGUCAGUUGUUAUAUUGCAGGAACUAUAUAUGUAAUGUUGUUUAAGCCACAACAAUUAUAAUUAUAAACCUGUAACCGGGGAAAUUGGUUGUUGUUUUCAUAUCACUUAACACGAAAGUUUGCCAUGCUCCACUUGUUCCUGUUUCAUAAUUCCCUGCUGUACUGUACGCUCCUGUGCGCUCCUUGUGCCCCGGCGCUGCGGCCUGUCGCUUGUGGUCCAUCACCGAACCGCGCUCUCCCGGUCGGGGGCCGCGCUAACGAGCUCCUCCUCCUCGUUUUGGGGAUUUACCCCGGGGCGCACUGACCACUGGACGCACCGUGGAGGCUCCGAGGAUUACUGCCAUGCAGCAGAGCGAGCCUCCAGUUAACCGAGCUGACGCCAGGGGAUAUCAGGGUUAUGAGCGACGGCGAAGAAACACCACUGCUGAGCACCGAGAAGACUACGCUGCUGAGUGAAAACAUGAAUUGACCUCUCCAUUUGUGCCAAUUACGCACAGAGAUGCGCUGAGCAAUCGGCGGCUCAUCAAGAAAACACACCACGAAAGCUCUUAUGCUGAGGACCUGUAAUCUGGCUGUCACCAAUGACUGUCACCUACACAGCCAGAGUUGCAAACGCCCGUUUCUGUGGCUUCUCCAAGCUGCUUUUGGCCUGGAAAGGUAGCAUCUACAAGGUGUUGUACAAAGAGUUCCUGGCUUUCUUUGCCAUGUACACAGCCAUCAGCAUCACUUACAGAUUUUUCCUGUAUGAUGACCAGAAGAGGUAUUUUGAAAAGCUGGCAAUUUAUUGCAACCACUACGCCAGUCUCAUCCCUAUGUCCUUUGUACUGGGUUUCUAUGUGACCCUGGUAGUGAACCGGUGGUGGAGCCAGUACACCAGCAUCCCGCUCCCCGACAGGCUCAUGUGCGUCCUGUCGGGGGGCCUCCAGGGGAGCGACGAGCGAGGCCGCCUGCUAAGACGAACCAUGAUGCGCUACGCCAGUCUGUCAGCCCUGCUCAUCCUCCGCUCCGUCAGCACGGCUGUAUUCAAACGGUUCCCCACCAUGGACCACGUGGUGGAGGCUGGAUUCAUGUCAAGAGAGGAACGGAAGAAGUUUGAGGGUCUCCACUCUCCUUAUAACAAAUACUGGAUCCCCUGCGUUUGGUUCACCAACCUGGCAGCUGUGGCCCGCUGCGAGGGCAGGAUCAAAGACGAUCACACGCUCAAACUACUGCUGGAGGAACUGAAUGGGUUCAGAGGGAAGUGCAGCAUGCUGUUUCAUUAUGACAUGAUCAGUGUUCCCCUAGUCUACACUCAGGUGGUGACUUUGGCAGUUUACAGUUUCUUCCUGGUGUGUCUAAUCGGUCGCCAGUUUCUGGACCCCAGUCAAGGAUAUCCAGGUCACGACCUCGACCUCUACGUUCCCAUCUUCACCCUGCUACAGUUCUUCUUUUAUGCUGGGUGGCUCAAGGUUGCAGAGCAGCUGAUCAACCCUUUCGGAGAAGAUGAUGAUGACUUUGAGACCAACUGGCUGAUAGACAGAAAUUUCCAGGUGUCCAUGAUGGCGGUGGACGAGAUGUAUGGAGAUCUGCCUAUGAUGGAGAGAGAUCGCUACUGGAAUGACUCCAACCCCAGACCCCCCUACACCGCUGCCACGCUCUUUGUCCUCCGCAAACCCUCCUUCCAGGGGUCCACUUUUGACAUGGCGAUCCCUAAAGAGGAGAUGCACUUCCAGCCUUUGGAGGACAUUGCUGAGAACCUGGAGGAGUCAGGCAAUCGUCACCCCAACAUGGCCCUCUUCAACCGUCUUCUCAACGCAGCUCCCUCCCCAACUGGCUUCAUGGGAGGGGCUCUGCGGCGUACCUCAGCACAACUUCAGAGGCUACGCCACUCCCCCAGCAUUGACCAGUGCACCAGCGAUGAUGAUGACGAUGAAAGCUGUAAAAUAGGUAAAGGUGGGUCCCUGCCGUCAGGGCUGGGGCAGGAAACUCAGAGUACUGUGUGCAGUUUCAGGGAGGAGAAGAGUGUCAGAACACCUCUGCUGGAGAUUCAGUUUGGGGCGGAGCAGGAGAGGCGUGGGGGGCACCCUGCCGUCAAUGACAGGAAAGAAGUGGAGGGGAGUUAUGAAGAGCUGCAGAUGAGAGAGGAAAGCGGGAAACCAGAGAGUACCAAGGAGGAGACCCAUUCUGUGUCACUGCUUUCUCCUCCCCCCCGCUCCUCAAGAGAGACUUCCACUCGACCAGUCUCCGCCAUUAGCAUCACCUCCCAUCACCCCUCUGCCUUCCAGUUUCACCCGGCUGUCCACUCCAGUCUGGAGCACUGCAGCUCUCAGCCAGCUAUCAACCAGAACAGAGCUGUGGCUGCCAUUCUCAAACCUCCCUUUGGUAGAAACAAGAUGUCUUUACUCACUGUACCAUCUUACGAUGAACCUCAGCGCUUUCGCAGUGUGAGCAUGGGAUCAGAGCUCACUGGGCCUUAGGUGGACAAUAGGUUGUGAUGUUCCCAUGAACGUUUGACUGUAUGAAACCAUAAUGCUUGAUUCAAUGCACGUUUUCACAAGUGAAAUUAGUCAUAGAUUUGGAACUGUGCUUCCACUUUUACUUUGAAUCUGCAGCACUUUUGUUGCAGAAUUAUAAGUUUUUAAGAUAUUAAAGAUGGUUAAAGAUGUACUACCGGAUGUUGUUGAAGAAAGAAUUAGCUUCCCAUGUUUCCAGAAGAGAAAACUCUCCUCACUGGUGAUGUUUAAAAAGUCACCUGUGAACUGUACAACUUUUCUGGGACCUGGGAGGAAAGUUCUGUAUUUAAAGGCAGUAUUGAGUACUUUAAAGGAAUACUCUGGCAAUUUGGAAGAUUUGUGGUCUUACUGAGUGUGUGACAAAAAAAUAUGAAUUUAAACUGUAUAUUCAAUAGCCUACAGACAUUAUAUGUUUGUGCUAAGUUAGCGAGGCUACCUGCGCACAAAAGAGAUGAAAUAUGAAGUCAAUUGUUUCUCAAACUUGAGGAGUUUGUGUUUAAAGGAAAAUGUUUUUCUGGUUUUCCAGUUAUCUGCACAUUAUAUUGUCAAACAUUAAUAUCCUUAUUGUCUGUUACUACUGAAGUCUGUCCUACUACUUAAGCAUUACCGAAAAGUUUGGCCAGAAAAUGGUGCUAAAAUUAUGACAAAAUGACAUUUUUCUUUGUUCGCUUUAUUUUCUUUGAUUAGUCAAAUAUUCCUGCAAAUAGAAUGAUUCCUAAUGUAUUAUCUUGUAUAUUUUCAAACAUUUAAUUUAAACAAAUAUUGAAUGAUAUUAAUGAGAUAAGAACAGUUUUACAUGAAUGACAAAUAAUCUUUUUUUUUUUUUGCAUUAUUACUAAUUGUAUCUUACCUGCAGUAAUAAAUGUAUAUUAUACAUUGAAGAAUGGA